AUGGAACAAUUAAGGAAGAAACGCACACAAUUGAAAAAGUCGGUGAUAAAAUUGUAUAAUUUCAUAUCUGGCCAUAACGUGAGUUACAACGAUAUAAAGGUACGUAUGGAGGAAUUUGAAAAUGUUUUUAUGAAAUACAAGGACAUUCAAGAUGAGAUUGAUAGCUUAUGCGAUAAAGAUUCUGACAUUCAAAAGGAAGAUGCAUACCGCAAUGAAAUUGAUGAAAUGUAUUUUACGGCUAAAUCCAUAUACACGUCAUAUACUCAGGAAAAUUUGGAUAGUACGGUAAUUGAGGGAGCAGCUGCAAGUACUCCACAACUUAAUAAUGAUUUGACGGCAUUAUUACAGACAAUGUCAACAACAUUGACAUCUGUCGUUAACUUACAGUCAUCUGGCAUGAAUAAUUCGAACAUUAAUAACAACAAUUCGAGUAUACGUUUACCUCAAAUUGAGAUUCCAGAUUUUGAUGGCAAUUUAUCAAACUGGAUUCGGUUCAGGGAUUUAUUCAACGCCAUGGUUGAUGCUAGAACAAAUUUAUCGGACGUUGAGAAGCUAGAGUAUCUCCAGACGAAACUCAAGGGCGAAGCAUCGUCGAUAAUUAAGCAUUUAACUCCUACGAACGGUAAUUAUAGAAUAGCUUGGGACAUAGUGAAGAAGAAGUACGACAGACCAGAUCAAAUAAAGGAGACAUAUAUUAGACUACUUUUGACUCAGCCUUCGGUCAAGAAUGGUACAUUGUCGGAGAUUAGAAAAUUUUACAACAACACUAUUGAGUGCUAUAAUGCUCUUUCUGUCUUAUAUGAAUCCGUGGCUUCGUGGGAUCCAUUAUUGCUAUUCUUGAUAAAGGAGAAGUUAGAUCGGGAAACAAUUACGCUGUGGUAUCGUCAGCAGAAUGAUAUUGAUAGGCAGUCAUUUAAGAAGUUAUUAGAUUUUUUGGAAAGUCGUGUAAUAGAGUUGGAAAGUUUGGAAAUACCUGAUCAGUCAUCUAAGUUCAGGAAACCUAAUAAAUUUGUUACAAUGACAGCAACAACUCAAUCGUGUCCAGUCUGCCAAAAAGAUCAUUUUUUAUUUGCAUGCCAACAGUUUAAGGAUCUGAAUAUCGAAAGACGCAAGAACGUCGUUCUCAAAAGUGGUUUUUGUUUCAAUUGUCUAAAGGAAAAACAUUUUUCUAAGGAUUGUAAGUCUAGUUCCUGCAGAACUUGUGGCUUGAAACACAACACAUUGUUGCAUGUUAAUACUAAUCCAUCAAGAGGCAACGCUGAACAGUCAAGUGACGAUACUAAUGGCUCUUCUUCAAUUGCGGUAAAUUCAAGUCAGCAGACUACAACAAAUCAGACUACACUUCUGCCAACAGCGGUAAUCAUGGUGCGUGAUAGGAACAAUAGCUUGCAACCAUGCAGAGCUCUUGUAGAUACCGGUGCCCAAUCAACGCUCAUUUCGGAAUCAUGCGUUCAGCGACUUCAGUUGAAUAGGUCGCAUGAUAAAACUGCUCUAUGUGGAGUUGGUGGAAACACUACAAGUUACACCAGGGGAAAAGUACAAUUGGAAAUCUUCGCUAAGGAUAUCAACAGAACAAUCAUAGUUCAGACUUAUUGCUUAUCGAAUCUGACACAAUAUAUUCCGUCACAUACGAUAGUGAACCAGAAGCUCGAAUAUUUUAAAGAUUUGAAACUGGCCGAUCCUGUUUACCAUAAACCAAACCACAUCGACAUCAUUUUAGGAGCUGACGUUUUUCCCCAUUGUAUAUUAGGGGAAAAGGUAUCCCAUCCAUCAGGUUCUCCAACAGCACUUAGCACAAUAUUCGGUUGGGUGAUUAUGGGAAAUGUCAACAGACAACCCGAAAAGUCCAUUAUGAUUGCCCAUCUACAUACUGGCUUGGACGAACAACUUCAACGUUUUUGGGAGAUAGAACAAUGUGAUGUUCAAUCAAAGCAUUUAACUCCUGAUGAGGAACAUGCCGAACAACAUUUCAAGGAAAAUGUCCGGAAACAACCUGAUGGACGAUAUAUGGUGAAACUUCCGUUCAAAGCUAAUUCUUUUCAACUUGGUGAAUCGAAGACAGCGGCAAUGCGAAGACUUGAAUCCAUGGAACGACAGUUUGACAAGAAUGGUAAUCUCAAGGUCGAGUUCCACAAAUUCAUGAACGAAUACAUAGAGCUCAAUCACAUGGAAAUUGCAACUAAUAAAACGGAACAUCAAGUUUACUACAUGCCACAUCAUGCAGUUUUGAAACCAUCAAGUACCACUACCAAAUUACGCGUUGUUUUCGAUGCAUCUUGCAAAAGUUCAAACAACACAUCGUUGAAUGAUCAUCUCCUUGUUGGACCUACAGUACAAAAUGAUUUGUAUUCGAUUCUGCUAAACUUUCGAAAACACAAGAUAGGUUUUACCGCAGACAUCGAGAAGAUGUACAGACAGGUACUCAUACAUCCAGAUGAUAUAUCAUAUCAGAGUAUUUUAUGGCGUGAUUCUCCAAAGGAUCCACCCAUCACAUAUCAUCUCAGGACAGUUACAUAUGGAACUGCAUCGGCUCCAUUUCUAGCUACCCGUACGUUAAUGCAAGUUGCUCUUGAUAACUCACAGAAGUAUCCAGAAGAGUCUAACGAGAUCAUCAACAAGUUUUACGUAGACGACUACAUGUCUUCAGCUCCAGACUUAGAAUCGGCUAUUUCACGUCAUAGGACCCUAUGCACAGUUUUAUCCAAAUCAGGUUUCAACCUUCGCAAAUGGUCAACGAACUCAAGGGAAUUGUUGGAUAAAAUUGAUCCUCAAGAUCGAGCUUGUUCAUCAGAGCUGAUAAUUGAUCAGUCAGAAACGGUAAAAACUCUAGGACUGCUUUGGAACACAUCAACGGAUUGUUUUCAAUACAGCGUGUGUUUUGGCGAAAUUACUGGAAUAAUCACGAAACGUCGCGUGCUAUCGGAUAUUUCAAGAAUUUACGAUCCAAUUGGCUGGCUAUCUCCGGUGUUAAUUAAAAUGAAAAUCUUCAUGCAAAAACUUUGGAUUAAAGGUGUCAAUUGGGAUGAAGAUCUACCAAGUGAUCUUAAAGCGGAAUGGCUACAACUUCAACAUCAAGUUGAGAACAUACGUGAUCUACAAAUUCCCAGAUGGUUUAAUUUCAACGUUGAAGAUCGUAUUGAACUUCACGGAUUUGCAGACUCAUCGGAAUUAGCCUAUUCUACUGCUAUUUAUAUUCGUGUCAUAAAACCAGAUGGAUCAAUAACAACUAGUCUAAUAACAUCGAAAACCAGAGUUACCCCGAUUCGACAAAUAACACUUCCACGCUUAGAGCUUUGUGCAGCUCAUCUCAUGGUGAAAGUUAUGGUUAAAGUGAAACAAGCUUUAGAAUUGCAGAAUGUACCUACAUAUGGUUGGACUGAUUCAACUGUCGUACUAGCAUGGUUGAGUGAUCAUCCACGGCGGUGGAAAACCUUCAUUGCAAAUAGAACAUCUCAUAUUAUCAACAUAAUUCCAGCAAGUCAAUGGCGUCAUAUUACAUCGAAACAAAAUCCAGCCGAUUUAGCUACGCGUGGCAUCUCUUCAUCGGAAAUUAAAGACAACAGUUUAUGGUGGCAAGGGCCACACGUUUUGCAAGGUUUCACAAUGGAAGCUUCAACAAUGUCAACAGCAUCUAUCCCAUCGAACAUUGAUUUAGAGGAACGCAAGGUAAUCGCAACAGCAACAUCCGUCAAGCAAACAGAUUUGUUUCACCUAUUCUCAAGUUAUGACAAGCUACUUCGUGUAACUGCUCUGAUUUUACGUUUUUUUGGUAAUUGUAAAUGCAAAUCUCAACGUCAAACUGGUUUCCUCACUACGACGGAGCUUCAAAACGCUCACAGAAUGCUUGUAAGAAAAGCUCAACAUGAAACAUAUGCAGCGGAAAUUCGUAUGUUAGCAUCGAACAAACAGAUUCCUUCUGGAAACAAGCUUGCCGGUCUAUCUCCAUUUCUCGACAACUUUGGAAUCUUGCGUGUAGGUGGUCGCCUUGAAAACGCUUCAAUCAGUUACGAUCAGAAGCACCCAUAUAUUCUACAUAAGAACAACAUAUUAACACAACUCAUCGUUCGACACUAUCACACAAAGCAUUUGCAUGCGGGAAAACGCCAGCUGCAGUACUUAUUAGGUUUGAAGUAUUGGAUUCCUGAAGUAUCACAAAUCGUAAAAAGAACAAUCUACCAAUGCACAACAUGUAUGCGGUUCAGACAAAGGCCAUUUCAACAACGAAUGGGUGAUCUUCCUAGCUGUCGCUUGCAACCUGGAUCAACAUUUUUAUACGUCGGCAUCGAUUUUGCUGGCCCAAUGCUUGUGCGAUCGUGGAAGGGGCGUGGUUCCAAAACAUACAAAUGUUGGUUAGCAGUAUUUGUUUGCUUAAAUACUAAGGCAAUCCAUCUUGAACCUGUGACGGACCUUUCUACACCAGCAUUUCUUGCUUCAUUUCGCCGUUUCACAUCCAGACGUGGGAAACCACUUCAUGUUUACACGGACAACGGAACUAAUUUCGUUGGUUGUAAUCGCGAAUUGAAGGAGUUAUAUGAUUUUCUUCACACAAAUUAUCCAUAUAUUCAAACGGAAAUGUCUAACGAACAGAUACAAUGGCAUUUCACACCUCCGUCCGCACCAAACUUCGGCGGCAUAUGGGAGGCAGGUGUCAAAUCUGUCAAAUUCCAUAUGAAACGUGUACUAGGCAAUUCAUCUACAACGUAUGAAGAGUUAAGUACUUUGCUGUGUCAAAUUGAAUGCUGCUUGAAUUCUCGACCAUUAUGCCUGAAAUUCGAAGGAGACAUCGACCCUCUAACACCAGCACAUUUUUUAAUACUCCGCUCAAUGAAGUCAAUUCCAGACAAGAAUUUAAUUGAUGUCAACGUUAAUCGCCUAAGCAGAUGGCAAUACAUACAAAGCCUAGUUCAACAAUUUUGGUCUAAGUGGUCUAACGAGUAUCUUACCCACCUUCAACAACGGCCAAAGUGCCGUCGGAAAAUUGAAAAUCUACAAAUCGAUGACAUCGUUCUCAUAAAAGAGGAAAAUCUUCCCCCUACACAAUGGCUCAUCGGGAGAAUAAUAUGUACUCAUCCCGGUAAGGACAAUAUAGUCCGAGUAGUUUCAAUGAAGACGACAAAGGGUGUCCUCAAACGUCCAAUCUCAAAG